GUAUUUCUUUGGAGGUUAGAAGAAUUGGAAGUGGGAGAUGUAUUUUUCUAAAUAUUUUGCGACCCAGAUGUUUGUGGUCUGACGGAACACUUUCUGGGACAAAACUUCUAGCGUUAGAGAGUGAGAGAGUCAGGAAGAUACUGAUCAGAUGAACAAAUAACUAUUAAAAAAUAUACAUUCAUUUUCCUAAUGUUGACAGUUGCUAAAUGCAUAUUUUUCUAAAUUAUCCCGUGAUUUCUAACAGAGUAAGGAUCCAGGAUCAGGGCAGGCAGGGGACCUGGACGUGCAGCCAAGCCCACCAAGGAUGCACUGAGCUGGGGAACAUCUGCUGAGGCCUCCCCCUAGCACUGCCAUGUGUGUACUAGGUUAUCAGCCGGUUCUGGCACCGUGGCAUCAGAGCCAAAUCGAAGCUCCUGCGGUGGAUGAAUGGUUUCGGCGCUCGGAGGAGACAUGGGACGCUGCCCAUGUGCACCUGCAACGGGCCAUCAGACGGCAGAAGGCGAGCACCGACCGCCACCGCAGUGAGGCCCCGGUGUUCGCGCGGGGGGACCGGGUCUGGCUCUCGACCCGAAACCUGUCCCUCCGCCUGCCCUGCUGGAAGCUGGGUCCGCGGUUUGUGGGGCCAUUUAAAGUCCUGAGGAGACUGAACGAGGCAUCUGACCCUUCACCCCCAAGCCCCGCCCCUCUGGGCUCCCAGGUCCACGCAGCCGCCGUCAACGGAGACCGGAGCGUCCUCCUCAGACUCAUCACAGUGGAUCCCUCCCUGCGUGACCGUGAGGACCAGUUUGGGCGUACCCCACUGAUGUACUGUGUCCUGGCUGACCGUCUGGACUGUGCUGAGACACUGCUGAAGGCGGGAGCCUCUGUUAACAAGACUGACCAUAGCCAACGUACUGCUCUGCACCUGGCAGCACAGAAGGGGAACGUGCGGUUUCUGAAGCUGCUCCUGUCUCGUCGUGCUGAUUGGCUGCAGAAGGAUCUAGAGGAGGUAACACCCCUCCACCUGGCGACCCGUCACCCCUCCCCCAAACCCCUGGCCUUGCUGCUCAAACACAUAGGACCUGGAGAGGUGGAUACACAGGACAAGAACAAGCAGACUGCGCUCCACUGGUCAGCGUUCUAUAACAGGCCAGAGCACGUCAGACUGCUCAUCAAAAACGACUCCAACAUUGGCAUCCCAGACAGCGAGGGCAAGAUCCCCCUACACUGGGCUGCACACAGCCAGGAGUACACCGCUAUACACACCGUCCGCUGCAUACUGGAGGCAGCUCCUACCGAGUCUCUGUUAAACUGGCAGGACUAUGAGGGGCGCACGCCUUUGCACUUUGCUGUCGCCGACGGCAACGAGGCAGUGGUGGAGGUGCUGACAUCGUAUGAAGGCUGCAGUGUCACGGCGUACGACAACCUGUUCAGAACCCCGCUGCACUGGGCUGCACUGCUGGGACAUGCCAAGAUAGUGCACUUGUUGUUGGAGAGGAACACGUCAGGCACCAUCCCCUCAGACAGCCAUGGGGCCACACCUCUACACUAUGGAGCUCAGAGCAACUACGCUGAGACGGUGGGUGUGUUUCUGUCCCACCCCUCUGUGAAAGACGAGCCAGAUCUGGAGGGCCGCACAGCGUUCAUGUGGGCUGCUGGCAAAGGAAGCGAUGAUGUCAUACGCACCAUGCUGACACUCACGCCUCACAUCGACAUCAACAUGGCCGACAAGUACGGAGGCACUGCGCUGCACGCGGCCUCUCUGUCAGGUCAUGUGAGUACAGUGAGGUUGCUGUUGGAGAGAGGAGCCAUAGUGGACAGUCUAGACGUGAUGAAACACACGCCUCUGUUCAGAGCCUGUGAGAUGGGACACCGCCACAUCAUCCUCACACUUAUCAAAGGCUCUGCUCGUGUCCACCUGGUGGAUCUAGAUGGACACACUGCUCUGCACUGGGCAGCUCUGGGGGGGAACGCUGAAGUCUGCCAGUUGCUGAUGGAGAAUGGGAUCAGUCCUAACGUCCAGGACCAGGCAGGCAGGACUCCUCUCCAGUGUGCUGCUUAUGGAGGGUACAUCACCUGUAUGGCUGUACUACUCAUGGAGAACAACGCCGACCCUAAUAUACAGGACAAAGAGGGCAGGACAGCUCUCCACUGGUCGUGUAACAAUGGCUAUCUGGAUGCUGUGAAGCUGCUGCUGAACUCUAAUGCCUUCCCCAACCACAUGGAACACAACGAGGAGAGGUACACCCCCCUGGACUACGCUCUCCUAGGGGAACACAGUGAGGUGACUCAGUACAUGUUGGAGCAUGGAGCUCUGUCUAUAGCAGCCAUCCAGGACAUCGCUGCUGCUUCCAUCCAGGCCCUGUAUAAAGGAUACACCGUCCGCAAGGCCUUCACCGAGAGGAAACAACUACUGAUGAGACACGAACAGCUACGCAAGGACGCAGCCAAGAAACGCGAGGAGGAGCAGCGGAGACGGGAGGCGGAGCAGCAAAUCUCAUUGGCCAGAACAGAGAAACAGAGGAUGUUAUUGGCCCGCGCUGAGCAGGAGCAGCUGUCAUUGGCUGAGACUAUGAAGGAACUGUCAGUGUAUGAGAGAGAGGCAGGGGGCGGGGCUAAUACAGCCUCCAAAGCAGAACAGAUCAAUAGCAAAGAGGAGACACGGAAACAUAGAGCACAUAGAAGCAGACCCUUCAGGAGAGGGAAGGAGGCGCAGCCAGCCAAAGACCCUGACCCCGUGGUGACCCCUCACCCCUCAGUGACCUCUGACCCCAUGCCCCCUGCCCAGGGGUCUAGGGUCAGGGAGCGUCUCUCUCCUGCAGGCUGCAGCCGACCCCCCAGCCCAAAACACAGACCCCCCACCACACCCAGGACCAAGAGACUCACCUCUGCAAACACACACACUUCUUCCAACACACACACUCCCUGCAACACACACACUCCCUGCAACACACACACUCCCUGCAACACACACACUCCCUGCAACACACACACUCCCUGCAACACACACACUCCCUGCAACACACACACUCCUUCCAAAACACACACUCCUUCCAAAACACACACUCCCUCCAACACACACACUCCUUCCAACACACACACUCCCUCCAACACACACACUCCCUCCAACACACACACUCCCUCCAACACACACACUCCUUCCAACACACACACUCCUUCCAAAACACACACUCCUUCCCACACACACACUCCAUCCAACACACACACAUCUACUCGCCCCACCAUGGAUCAAGAAGCCCCCAGCACCAGGGAACGCACCCCUAGAAGCAAGAGAGAUACACACACCAACACACCCAACCCCAGACACAGAACACGCCCUGCCACAGACCAUACCACCUCCUCCAGCAAGAACCACACUAAAGCCUCCACACAGUCACACCGCCCCAGCAGCAAGCCCAGGGAGGGGGACAGAGACCAGGCUGCCUGCACUAUCCAACGAGCCUGGAGGAGGUUCCAUGUGCGAGGCAGAUUGAGGGAGGCUUUUGGUGCUGGGAAAGGAGUGGAGCCACCUGAGGUCGCCUCCCUCCUGAUCCAGCUGCUCUGGGAUAGGGCGGCUUUCCCUGGUCACACCCCUAUUAGGACCAAGCCUGAGGCCAGAGUUCCACCCACCAAGACAGCAGCCAAGAGCUCAGUGCUGAAAAGCAUCUAUGGAGGUUCUGUGGCCCGAAGGGGGCGCUCUCUCGGGGGUUCUCAGUCUCAGAUACUGCUGGACUUGUCACUACGCACACACAGCCAGCUGAGCAGUGUGGAGUGUGUGCACCUGUGUGAUGCAGUGGGGCAGGCCAGCCAGUACUCCUACCACCUCAGACCCCACAGCGCUGGACAGGGCCGGGGGAAACACUGAUGACCACACACACACCCUGCAUGUGUCCUUCGUGGCUCAGUUGGUAGAGCAUGGUGCUUCUGAUGCUUGGGUACUGGGUUUGAUUCCCAGGACCAGCCAUAUGUAAAAUGUAUGCACGCGUGACUGAGUUGCUUUGGAUAAAAGCAUCUGUUAACACACAUAUGUUUGUAUGCCAUUUAUCUUGAAAUUACUUACCCAACUGCCUUAUCAUGGUGGAGUUAUUGGCCAGAUUGUAAACAGAGCAUCUAUAUACUGACAAGAGGGGGGCCCCCAAUGGUGUGACUACAGGAAUAUGUUUCUGCAGAGGAGGUGGGAACUCUUGCGCCAAUGAGGGCAGAUUUGCAUGUGAACAACUCUGAUAUAACUGACUUCUCAGAGAUGCCAUGUGUGUCCACUUAUCAGUACACUUGUAAUAACCUAAAUAUUACAAAAUGUAUAUUAUGUCAAAUAAGCCUCACUCAUCAAUUCAACACUCAUUGACCACCAUAUAAAAAAAUCCCCACUUGGUCUGUGUCAUGCUGUAUUUUCAGGCAGUUAUGCCUCUUCCUCUCAGAUUGUACUCUCUUUCUGUGCCCAGUAUUAACCAUGGAGUUCUUGGCCUGAUUGUCCUCUCUUCCUGUGUCCAGUAGUAUAAACAAAGUUAUGAGACGUCACAGUCAUGACCUCACAGGGCGGAGUUAAGUCAACCGACAUGGUAUGUGUGCAAGAUAAUUUCAACCAUACAGAAAAUGAACACACACAGAGAUAACCUUUCCUCCCAUGUGGAGAAUGAGGCAGUCUGUCAACAGCCGGUCAUACAGCCAGCCCACCUGCAGACGCUGACACACACGCCUGCUUGCAGACACACACUCUUCCCGUCAGCCAUAACACUUGUACUAGGUUGUAGUCAACUCUACCUCAGUAUCUACCUGAGCAGGUUCCCACAGGCAUGCAUGCCCCUCCCACUUUCCCCCUCAGCCAUAAUAGUAGGUACACAGAUGUACACAAGGUCAUUUAGGUCCAGAGGGUACAGGUGUACCUGUGCUUUCUCUGUAGAAGGACUCUGUGGAGGGGGGUAUAUUUAUGCAUUUUAUACACACUCCGUUACUCUUUAAUUGUAUAUUAUACAUCACUUCCUGCCUUAGAGAUAGUUGACUUAAAAAGUUAGCCAGAUGUUUGUGGCACCUCAUCAAGGGGAACUGUCACUUUAAAGCUAGAAACUGUGUUUCAGUGUCGAUGCUGUUCACUCUGAUGCACUACUGUUGAAACAAUCAGAUGUCAAGGCUUUACAUUUAUGAUUGAAUACCAGCCUCAAUGUUAAUGUCCAUGUUGUUUUUCUACCUUUUUAGAAAACCUCUCAAAUAAAUACAUUGAUAAGUU